CACAGUCUGCGUCUCCAGCGCUCGCCUGAGCUCGGGGUGAGCUUGAGAGAAGAAAGUUUGGCGGGGAGCUGGAGCUCAAGGCGUCGUUCCGCCGAGCCGCGGCCUGAGCUGGCAGGAGCUGCAAUGGCUCUGUCCAACCUCUCCCUGUGGAUCCGGGAUGCCUGGGCUGGAGCCACCUCUAACCUGGACCUGGAGAGCAAGAAGCCCACCCAUGCCAAGCUGUCAUGGCAGCAGCCAGUGAAUGUCUUCCUCACCGCCGGGCGCCCGCCGGGCAUGGAGCAACUGCACCAAGAGGCUCAGCACAACCUCCAGAGCUUGCUGCAAGAGGAGUAUGAGGAACAGUACACGGAGAGCAGAGUCACCGGGCAGACCUUCCGUGCCUCCGGUCACCCGUCCCCAGACACCCCCCCGGAGCCAUCGCCCCGACCCCCUCCUGCCAAGCGCCUCGAGUUUGUGCUUAUGCCCCCGAGCCGGCGAGACACCGAAGAGGAGACCACAGGCACGACCGCGCUGGGGCCAGGCUCACCAGACACCCCCCUCAGCCUUCCCACCAGCCCGGACAAGCAGCCAGCCUGGCCCAGAGCCUUCCCCCUGCCCACAGUGGAAGAGAAGCAGUGGCACCAGUCCUGCUCCAUCCAAACCAACAUCGUCCCCAUCAAUGUCUCGGGGCAGCACUUUGCCAGGCUAGCGAGUGGCCGUCACUCCCUCUUUAACACUGAGAGCGCCAUCAACCCCAAGGCCACCCUGCGCCGCAGACGGACCGUGAUCGGCUUCCCCAACCUGGCCCUGCGAGACCCAGGCAGUGCCAACGGCCCCACAGUCACCUCACACACGCCCAUCUCUGAGUCCCUCUCCUGCAGCUUCAUGCCCGAGACCACAAGCGGGGUGAAAGCUCCCCAGGAGGUCAGCCCCCGCCCGCCCCUCUCUGCCCCGCUGAGGAAGACUUUCAGCGACCUCGGUGCCCACUGCUGCCAGCCACCCACCACCAUGGACAGUGCGGCCACCCCCUGCGCUGGCACCUGCAACGGGCCGCAGGGCACCCCCUUCCCCCCACCAUGGAGCGCUCUGGGCUACGUGAGCCCCCCCAGCCCUGCCACCAGCGAGGGCAAAGGGCCCAUCUGCACCUCCCCAGCUGGCUCCAGUCCAUCGCCCGGCCCGGGCUCCCCUACCACCACCUCCUUCUACAUCUCUAUGGAGGAGCGUGGGGGCAGCAAUGGGCCCAGCUCCUUCUCAGGCACAGUGCCUGAGUCCCCCUCCAGCUCCGGGGGUGGCCAGAGGUGCGAGGGCCAUGAAGCCAAGGGGAGCUUCUCGCCAGGAAGCCCGGAGGAGCCGGAGCCGCCGGAGCCGGCGCGGCUGGGGGUGGAGCGGGCAGGCUGCCGGUUCCGCGAGCGCUCCCUCUCGGUGCCCACCGACUCGGGGUCCCUCUGCUCCGUGGACAUCGCCUACACUGAAACCCGGCGGGGCAGUGCCAACUACGCCCUGGGCUACCCCAGCGCCAGCUCCGAGGGCAGCACCAGCACCGACAACAUCUCGCUGGGGCUGGAGCCGGAGGGGCAGCGCCGGCGGCGCUCCAAGAGCAUCUCCCUCAAGAAGGCAAAGAAGAAGCCCUCGCCGCCCACUCGCAGCGUCUCCCUCAUCAAAGAAGGGCCGGAUGCCCCCACGGGGCCCAGCUUGGUGCUGCCCAAGGAUCAGCGCCCCAAGAGCCUGUGCAUCUCGCCGGAGCUGCAGGGCCACCGCCUGGUGCACUCUGACCCGCAGGGCAGCGUGGACAGGGAGCCCGAGGGCACGGCUGCCCCACACCAGUGGCACCUGGCAGACUGGAAGGCCACUGAUCCCUACCGGUCCCUCUCCAGCUCGAGCACAGCCACAGGGACCACAGCCAUCGAGUGCGCCAAGGCUCGAGGCAGCUCUGAGUCCCUCACAUCCCCCUCCACCUCCAGGACCACAACGCCCUCCCAGCUCUCCACCGAGGCAGACCUCAAGACCUCAUCCCCCGGCAGGCCCACAGGGCUGAUGUCCCCCUCCAGCGGCUACUCCAGCCAGUCAGAGACCCCCACCCCUACCGUCCCCACCUCUGCCAUCCUUGGGCACUCACCACACCAGGUGCGGGUGAGGCCGCUGGUGCCUGAGAGGAAGUCCUCGCUGCCACCCACGUCCCCCAUGGAGAGGAGCCCCAAGUCCAGGCUGUCCUUCGACCUGCCACUCACACCCCCGGCCCACCUCGACCUCUCAGGGCUGAAGAUCUCCUUGAAGGGGAAGACCAAGGUGAGCCGGCACCACUCUGACUCCACCUUUGGCACCAAGCUGGGCCAGAAGCCCAGCUCCAUCACGCCCAUCAUGCCAGUGGUCACCCAGUCCGACCUGCGCUCCGUCCGCCUGCGCUCCAUCAGCCGCUCGGAGACGGAGGACACCACCGAUGGCCCAGAGCACGCCGAGGAGCCACCGCCAGCUCCCUGCCCAGGGCCAGAGAGGAAAGUGAAGCCACCCGUGGCCGAGAAGCCACCGCUGGCCAAGCGGCCCCCGAGCAUCCUGCCCAAGCCCACGGUGCUGAGGGAGGAGGGUCCCCUGUCCCCCACGUCCCCACCAGGUGCCAUAACCAAGGAGAAGGGGCUGCCACACGAAGGCUUUGUGGUGCUGCGGAAAGGGGAGCUGAGGAGAGGUCUGGGGGAGCCCCGGGCCCCGCUGGGAUACCGUCGGCUCUCUCAGGGCAGCCUGGAGGAUGAGCUGCAGAUGGAGCGGAGCUGCGCCAGCAGGGGGGAGCGGAGGAAGGCCAAGGUGCCACCACCCGUGCCCAAAAAGCCCAGCGUGCUCUACCUGCCUCUUGCCCUGGCCCCAGCGCAGCUGGGAGCCGGCCUGGGGGAUCAGCCACCCACUCCCAGCCCUAUCAUCACGCUGGAUGCCGACCCCAGCUGCUGCAACCCCGACGCCGAGGAGCCUUCGUCCCCCGAGGCCCUGGGCACAGCACAAGCUGCUGACCCCACCUCAGAGCAAGAUGCUCUCUCCUCCCUGCCAGCAGGCAGCUCCACAGAGGCUGGCACAGAGGAGAAGAGCUUCGCCAGUGCCAAGACAGCUGACUCCAUCGUGGAGGAGGAGGAUGAUGUGUUUGUGACGUCCCGCACCACUGAAGACCUCUUCACCGUGAUCCACAGGUCAAAGAGGAAGGUCUUGGGGAGGAAGGAGCCUGCUGACACCUUUAGCAGCCGACCCAACUCCCACUCGCCUGUGAAGACUUCGGGGUCCCCGACCAGCGAGUCCCCGGCCACAGCGGGCAGCACCGGGAAGUCUUCCAGCAGGAACGAAGACUUCAAAGCCCUGCUCCAGAAGAAGGGCAGCAAAGCCAGCCCCGGGACCCGGCCGUCUGCCGCCGAACUGCUCAAGACCACAAACCCCCUGGCUCGGAGGGUGAUCACCGAGUUCGCUCCCGAGCUGGACAGUGCCAACAGCCCCAAAAGCCAGCCCUGACCUCACACGGUCCCUGCCAGCCGUGAAGGGCUGGAGAAGGCUGCAGAGGGAGCGCUGCUGCGGAAGGGGUGUCCUGGCUGGGUCCCCGUGUCCUGCUGGGCCUCUUCUUCUGCUUUUGUUUCUUCCUUGGAGACGUCAGCAGAGAGGCAGCGUUCGGAGCCCGAGGCCUCGUGUCUGCAGUAGGAGUUGGGCCCUUCCUGGGAUGGGAGGAGCGGUCCUGUGGCUGGGAUCACCCCCAGCUGAGCCGGCUCCCAGGACCGAUGGUGCCUGCUGGGGAAGCAGAGCAGGGGGGGCGGCAGCUCCCGGCCGGCUCAGCACCCACAGCUGCGCUCGCUUGAACCUGUCUGGUCCCUCGGCAUGUGGUGCUGUAAACGGCUUUCCUGACGCGCAGUGGUGAUGCUCUUCUCUUCCCUCUCCUCUGACCUUGUACCUUGAGUUGCCCAGGCAGAGCCCCCGGGAUUGAGCUUGGCUGGAUGCACUUUGGAAAGGCCUUAAGGGGUCAGCUGGCACUGAGGUUGCAUUUGGAAGAGCCACACGAGUGGUGCCCCCUCAUCGUCCUGAGCGCCCUCCCCGCUGCGUGGGGAGCAGGCACCCCAGCAUCCACACCCAGGGCCGUGGCCUCAAGCCAAAACCCAGCCCCUUGAAAGCCCCCAAAAUGCUGCAUUUCAGAGCUCCUCAGCUCUUGCUCCAAAAGCAUACCCCAGGGUCACCUCCACUGUCAGCCCCAGGGAGCCUCGUCCUGCCAGCUGCACCACGCACGGGGGUCCACCAGACCCCUGCUCUCUGCAGCCCCCAGGCUGUUGACUGUGAGUGACGUGGGGUGUGGGACGAGGGCUGUGCUCAGGGCAGCACUUCCCUAGCUCUGCACAACUGCCCUGCAACAGCGUCUAUCAACAUCUGCCACAUCACCUGCUGGAGGUCCUGAGUUACUGCCAAGCUGCUGGCCAAACCCAGUCAGAUGUCACCUGAGCCACCUCCUGGUGACUCCCAGGGUCCCUCCAGGGUUGCCCACCACCUGCUUGUGCCUGCUGUCUGAGGUG